ACCAGAGGAUUGACCACCGCCUCCAUGGCUGCCUCACAGACUUCGCAAACUGUUGCAUCUCACGUUCCUUUUGCAGACUUGUGUUCAACUUUAGAACGAAUACAGAGAAGUAGAGGACGUGCAGAAAAAAUCAGACACUUCAGGGAAUUUUUAGAUUCUUGGAGAAGAUUUCACGAUGCCCUUCAUAAGAACCAAAAGGAUGUCAGGGACUCCUUUUAUCCAGCAAUGAGACUUAUUCUUCCUCAGCUAGAAAGAGAGAGGAUGGCCUACGGAAUCAAAGAAACUAUGCUUGCUAAACUUUAUAUCGAAUUGCUUAAUUUACCUAAAGAAGGAAAAGACGCCCUUAAACUUUUAAAUUAUAGAACGCCCACCGGGCCUCGUGGAGAUGCUGGAGACUUUGCAACAAUUGCAUAUUUUGUGUUGAAACCAAGAUGCUUGCAGAAAGGAAGUUUAACCAUACAGCAGGUAAAUGACAUUUUAGACUCAAUUGCCAGCAAUAAUUCUGCCAGAAGAAAGGACCUAAUAAAGAAGAGUCUUCUUCAGCUAAUAAGUCAGAGUUCAGCACUGGAACAAAAGUGGCUUAUACGGAUGAUUGUAAAGGACUUAAAACUUGGUUUCAGUGAGCAGUCUGUAUUUUCUGUUUUCCAUAAUGAUGCUGUCGAGUUGCAUAAUGUCACCACAGAUCUGGAGAAAGUCUGUAGGCAACUGCAUGAUCCUUCCAUAGGACUCAGUGACAUUUCCAUCACUUUAUUCUCUGCCUUCAAACCAAUGCUGGCUGCUAUGGCAGAUACUGAGCAAAUCGAGAAGGCCAUGAAACACCAAAGUUUCUACAUUGAAACCAAGCUAGACGGUGAGCGUAUGCAGAUGCACAAACAGGGGGAUGCGUAUCAGUACUUCUCCCGACAUGGUUUUAACUAUACGGAUCAGUUCGGCAAUUCUCCCCAGGAAGGUUCUCUCACACCGUUCAUUCACAGUGCAUUUAAAACAGACGUACAGAUCUGUAUCCUGGAUGGAGAGAUGAUGGCCUUCAAUCCUAACACACAGACUUUUAUGCAAAAGGGGAAUAAGUUUGAUAUCAAAAGAAUGGUGGAGGAUUCUGAGCUGCAAACUUGUUAUUGUGUGUUUGAUGUACUGAUGGUUAAUAAUAAAAAGCUAGGACAUGAGAUCCUGAAAAAGAGGUAUGAAAUUCUUACUAGUGUUUUUACACCAGUACCAGGUAGAAUAGAAAUGGUGCAAAAAACACAAGCUCAUACUCAGAAAGAAGUGAUCGACGCUUUGAAUGAAGCCAUAGAUAAAAGGGAAGAGGGAAUCAUGAUAAAACAGCCUCUGUCUAUUUACAAGCCAGACAAAAGAGGCGAAGGAUGGUUGAAAAUUAAACCAGAGUACGUGGACGGGCUGAUGGAUGAGCUGGACAUCUUAAUUGUCGGGGGCUACUGGGGUAAAGGUUCCCGAGGUGGGAUGAUGUCUCAUUUUUUGUGUGCUGUAGCAGAGAAGCCUCCUCCUGGUGAAAAACCGUCAGUGUUUCAUACUCUGUGUCGUGUUGGUUCGGGUUAUACCAUGAAAGAGCUGUACGAUCUGGGUUUGAAAUUGGCCCAGCAUUGGAAGCCUUUUCAUAGAAAAGCUCCACCAAGCAACAUUUUGUGUGGAACAGAGAAGCCUGAGGUGUACAUCGAGCCUUGUCAUUCUGUCAUUGUUCAAGUGAAGGCCACAGAGAUCGUCCCCAGUGAUAUGUAUAAAACUGGCUGCACACUGCGUUUUCCACGAAUCGAGAGGAUAAGGGAAGACAAAGAGUGGCGCGAAUGCACCACCCUGGAUGACUUAGAACAGCUUCGUGGGAAAGCAUCGGGGAAGCUUGCAUCCAAACACCUGUACGUUGGGGAUGAUGACGGACCACAGGAGAAGAAGAGGAAAGCUGCCCCGAAGGUGAAGAAAGCUAUUGGAAUUAUCGAGCACUUAAAAGCACCCAACCUUUCUAAUGUAAACAAAAUUUCUAAUAUAUUUGAAGAUGUGGAGUUCUGUGUCAUGAACGGAAUGGACAGCCAUCCGAAGCCUGAUCUGGAGAACAGAAUUGCAGAAUUUGGUGGUUAUAUAGUACAAAACCCAGGUCCAGACACGUACUGCGUGAUUGCAGGGUCCGAGAACAUCAGAGUGAAAAACAUAAUUUCUUCGAAUAAACAUGAUGUUGUCAAGCCCGAGUGGCUGUUGGAGUGUUUUAAGACCAAAAGCUGCGUGCCGUGGCAGCCUCGCUUUAUGAUUCAUAUGUGCCCAUCAACAAAGGAACAUUUUGCCCGUGAAUAUGACUGUUACGGUGACAGUUAUUUUGUUGAUACAGAUUUGAACCAACUGAAGGAAGUGUUCUCAGGAAUUAAAAAUUCCAGCGCACAAACUCCUGGAGAAAUGGCUUCUGUGAUUGCUAAUUUAGAGUAUCGGUAUUCCUGGGACCGUUCCCCUCUCAGUAUGUUUCGACACCACAUUAUUUAUUUGGACUUGUAUGCUGUUAUUAAUGACUUGAGUACCAAAAUCGAGGGAACGAGAUUAGCUGUUACAGCUCUGGAGCUUCGAUUUCAUGGAGCCAAAGUAGUUUCUCGUUUAGCUCAGGGAGUGUCUCAUGUAAUCAUUGGGGAGGAUCAGAGUCGUGUUGCAGAUUUAAAAGCUUUUCGAAGAACUCUUAAGAGAAAGUUUAAAAUCCUGCAACAAGGUUGGGUAACUGAUUCAAUAGACAAGUGUGAGUUGCAGGAGGAAAAUCUAUAUUUGGUUUAA